AUGGAUCACUCGCGCGACCCCUGCCCCUGGGUUGCCCUGAGCGACUUUGGCGGUGCCUUCUGCAUGGGCGCCAUCGGUGGUGCCGUCUGGCACGGUGUUAAGGGAUUCCGGAACAGCCCCUACGGUGAGCGCCGGAUAGGUGCGCUCACAGCCAUCAAGGCGCGCGCACCCGUCCUCGGUGGAAACUUCGGAGUUUGGGGAGGUUUAUUCUCGACAUUCGAUUGCGCCGUCAAGGGCAUCCGGAAGAAGGAAGACCCUUACAAUGCUAUCAUCGCGGGUUUCUUCACCGGCGGCGCCCUCGCAGUCCGUGGUGGUGUCAAGGCCGCACGCAACUCCGCGAUUAUGUGUGGCGUCUUCCUAGCAGUCAUUGAGGGCGUUGGUAUCGGUUUCCAGCGCAUGAUGGCCGAUAACACAAAGCUCGAGCUUCCUCCCCUUCCUCCAUCCGAGCAGAAGGCUCUCGCUUAA